CCUCGUUCUCCCAAUGAUGAAGACAUGCAGAAAACACAUCAGCGCCUUGUCGACGACCUACGAUUCAUCCCUCGUGCUCUUUCCCUAUUAACGUAUCCCACACAAACAUCGGCACCCCUCACGUUGUCACUCAUUCGCAAUGUCCACAAUCUACUCGCGUCGUUUGAAGGAACCAUCAAGGUCGUCCAACAGACGGGAUUUCCGUACGACAGCACCACCGCACAGGCACCCUGGAAUCCCAAACCCGACGAGAAUACCAAUGGACUCAUUACGUAUCCCUCUAUUUUUCGAGAUGUCCUCAUUUGGGCGCUCAAUGCGCCGCAUUUGCCGCCGUUUCCAGGAUCCCCACAAGACAAGCGUCCCGAAUUGGUCGUCGAAAUAUUGGGCAUUAUUUUUGCCAUGGGAGGAACCGAAGUCUCACGAGCACUCCAUGCCAGUCCAUCGUUUGGCACUUUUUUGGUCGAACAAGAAGCAUUACCAGCAUUGCUCGAAAUUGCCCAACGACAAAUGGAUACCGUCAUUGAUAAUAUACAAGUCAAUGACAAGGCCGUUUCGGCAUUGGUGCCCAGUUUGGCGGUAUUGUACAAAUUCUCGGCUGGUAAUCCGACCUUUCGGGAUGCCACCAAAGAACUCGUCUUUCCGCCCGCUCAAGAAGAAGAGUUUUGGAAAUUGUCCAAGGAACAACUACUACUCAAUAAUCAACAUCAAGAUGCGGCGACGGAUGAUAAUAACGACAACAAUAACAAUAACAAUAAACAAGUACCGGCCAAGAAUAAUAAUAUGCAACCGUUGGAUGCACCGCGUGGCACGUUGCGAUGGAAAUUGAUUCAUCUCAUGACAUGGACCGAAUCGCAUAUCAAACGAUAUGCCAGUGAAUUGUUGUGGGCACUCUGCGAGGAAAAUCCUAAAGAAUUUGUUCUACGAACUGGAAUGGGCAAUGCCAUUGGCUUUUUAGGGGCCAAGGGAAUGGUACAGAUUCCUAAUAAUAAUUAG